AUGCGAUCGCUGAGUGAACUACUGAGGUGUCGAGAGAGGCCCAAGACUGCCCGGGACUGCAAGGCUCUUGCAAGCGUGCUGACGUCGUGGUGGGAUGAGCUGGAGGUGGCAGGGCAGAGAGCUGUCAAGCUGUCGGAGCUGUUCGAGGCGCACGGGCUCGGGUUGAAGCAAGCAGAGGAGCAACAACGGAUGGAUGCCGUGGCGUGGCGUGGCUACUGGAGUAAAGGUGGAGGUGGAGGAGGUAUUGAACCACACCACUCCACCCUCCCCCUCUUCCUCCAGUAUAUUGCUUCAGCCACGCAGUUCGACGGACCAGACGGUCGUGGGCAUCACAAUCGAACAUGCGAACGAGAGCAGCAGCAGCAGCAGACUACAUUACCUCCGAUCAAUACCGAACCAAAAACAUCCUCCUGUUACAAGACCAGCCUUCUCCCAAUGUUGGGCCUCCAAGGAGGUAGGUACCUACCUACUCCAUAG